CUAUAAAUAGGAGGGAUGAAGCCAGCAGAGAUCAGACUCUCUCUACAGAGACCUCUACAGCACACACAUCCAGACAUGGCACCUACAAUCACUGCAGCAAUGACCAACUCUCAGGAGCAUCUGACUCUGACUCACAAGCUCAGAAAGCCUCUGGUGGAGAAGUUACGCAGAGAGCGAAUCAACAGCAGCAUUGAGCAGCUCAAGUCUCUCCUGGGUCCAGAGUUCCUCAAACAGCAGCCAGACUCCAAGCUGGAGAAAGCAGACAUCCUGGAGAUGACAGUUUGCUUCCUGAGACAACUGCAGCAGCAGCAGCAGCAGCAUCAAGCUGUGGACUCAGCAGUUGUCAAUCAGGGCUACUCCAGAUGUGUCCAAGAGGUGGCACACUUCCUGUCCAAAGAGGAGGUGAAGACACAAUCCCAGAGAAGACUGCUGAACCACUUCAACAAGCUGCAGUCCUCCUCUGAUAAGAACCUGAGAGAGGCUGACUUCUCUCCUCUGAGCUCUUCAGUCCAGACCAGCAUCACCAAAGACAAGAGUCCAGUCAACAGCGCCCUCUGGAGGCCAUGGUAGACACACAAGGACUUGUGUGAAGUUCUGGAGUGAAACUCUGUAAUAUUGUACAAGCCCCUGUGCUUGUACACAUUCUUGUGGUCAUCUCAUUUUUGAAGAGCUGUUGCAUAUGUUACUGCAAUUUUCAUUUUUAUCACCUUUUGUAAAGGUUAAAUUCAGUGUUUCUGUGAUAUUUGCAGACAACAGAGGGGCUACUAUUUUGUAAUGCAAAAGUAGUCUUGUAUUUCUGAUUCAGGUGUUACUCUGUGAAGUAGACAUUAUUAUUCUUAAUGAGAAUACCUCUAUAUUGUUGGUAAAACUGACAGUGAUAUAUUUCCAUUUUCUUUCAUUUAUGAGACAAAGUUAUUCAUGUUGAAAAUGUUUAAGAUUUCUAUGUGAUAUUCACAUGCCCCAGUGAUUCAAAUGUCCUUUAUGACAUAUCUUUUAACAUCUUCAUUGUCUGAAUUUUAGCAGAUAAAGUUUGUGUAUGAACAAAAAUAAUCAAGACCAAUGUGCUGCUUAAUCACUCUGUGAGUGAUAGCACUCAUACCUUCAGUGAAGGGCAUGUUGUUUGGAAAAUUGAUUCAAAAUGAAUGUAUCUCUUCAAGCCAAGUGAUGCGCAAUAAAACAAU